AGCUUAAAAGGUUGAUUCCCCAGCUAUCUAAUAUUCUCCUCUUUCCCCUUUUUUUCCAUUGUCCAAUUUCCUCUCUGUUUCACUUUUCCUCCUUCUCGAACAGAGUUUUCAAAAGGGUUCUGAGCAAAAAUUGUUAUGGGGUGCUGUGAAUCCACCUUUCUCACAGAAACCCACCCGGAGAAGCUUCAAACCUUGCAGACUGUGCCGCCGAAUGCCGCGGUGGAGCCGCCGCCGCCACCUGCUGUUGUACCCGAACCGACGGCGCCUAUGGACACGGUUUCCAGUUUCUCGGAAUUCUCCUUAUCGGACCUUACGGCGGCUACCGACAAUUUCAGCCCGAACUUCAUAGUCUCUGAGAGCGGCGAGAAGGCUCCGAACAUUGUGUAUAAGGGCCGCUUGCAGAACCAGAAGUGGAUCGCUGUGAAGAAGUUCACGAAGGUGGCAUGGCCGGAUGCCAAGCAAUUUGUGGAAGAGGCCUCGGGAGUUGGGAAGCUACGGCAUCCAAGGUUUGCUAACUUGAUAGGGUACUGCUGCGAUGGUGAUGAGAGGCUGCUUGUUGCUGAGUACAUGCCCAAUGAUACUCUUGCUAAGCAUUUAUUCCACUGGGAGAAUCAAACCAUUGAGUGGGCCAUGCGGUUAAGAGUAGCUUUCUAUAUAGCUGAAGCCUUGGAGUAUUGCACCACGAAAGGCCGUGCGUUAUACCACGACUUGAAUGCGUAUAGAGUUCUUUUCGACGAGGGCGGCGAUCCACGUCUUUCGUGUUUUGGAUUGAUGAAAAACAGCAGGGACGGUAAGAGUUACAGUACAAAUCUGGCCUACACGCCACCCGAGUACUUGAAAAAUGGAAGGGUAACCCCUGAAAGUGUUAUUUAUAGCUUUGGUACUGUUCUUUUGGAUCUUCUAAGUGGCAAGCACAUCCCUCCAAGUCAUGCUCUCGAUAUGAUCCAAGGAAAGAACAUCAUUCUCUUAAUGGAUUCGCAUUUGGAAGGAAAAUUUUCUACAGAGGACGCAACUGUGGUCGUUAAUCUCGCUUCUCAAUGUUUACAAUACGAACCAAGAGACAGGCCGAACACAGAGGAUCUUGUUUCGACUCUUGCUCCCUUGCAAACAAAACCAGAUGUUCCUUCUCAUGUCAUGCUUGGAAUAAAGAAGUACGAGGAUGCCCCAAUGGCCCCAACGACCCCAGCGGCUCCAGUGGCCCCAAUAACCCCACAACGACCUUUAUCGCCGAUGGGCGAGGCCUGUUCGAGGAUGGAUCUCACAGCAAUUCAUCAAAUCUUGGUAAUGGCACACUACAGAGACGACGAAGUAACUAAUGAGCUAUCUUUUCAAGAAUGGACACAACAGAUCAGAGAUAUGCUAGAGGCAAGAAAGCGCGGCGAUUUCGCCUUCCGGGACAAGAACUUUAAAGGUGCCAUUGAUUGCUAUUCACAGUUCAUAAACGUAGGAACUAUGGUCUCCCCAACCGUGUUUGCCCGACGAAGCCUAUGCUAUUUGUUAUGCGAUCAACCCGACGCUGCACUUCGUGAUGCGAUGCAAGCACAAUGCGUACACCCAGACUGGCCAACAGCGUUCUACAUGCAAUCAGUUGCUCUUGCAAAGCUGGAUAUGCAGGAGGACGCUGUCGACAUGUUGAACGAAGCAGCUACGUUGGAAGAGAGGAGCCAAUGAGGCGGUCGGUAAUCGACGAUUACGAACGCGAUGAGCAUAUUGCUGUUGUUUGUUGCCUGAGGCUACCACAAUUUGUAUAGUGUUGCUGAGGCUGCUACUUAUAGCUUGAUUGUUCAUGUGAAUUGAAGGGAGCUUGUAAAUUCAACCAAUUUAAACCAUGUCUAUGAAUAUGACCUUCUAGUUAGUCUGCUAAAGCCCCUUUUGAAACAUGACAGUGUAGAUAAGUCCCAAACUUUCUGAUCUCAAUCAAACAAAGGAAUAGUAUUCAAACA